CAUCAAGGACCCGGAACUUGUGCUCGUCUCGUGAGAAAUGAUGACAACAUUUUCACGACAAAUGGACGCAGACGAAAGGAAGUAAAGGUGAACAAGGGAAGAAAACAUGUAGAUCUGUUUCAGGCAACAAGCGGGCUUAAAGAUCUAACCCCAUGACAUGGAGGGUUUUCUUGACACUAAACUCCACGAGGCAGUUCGCUAUGGUGACACAAACCUCGUUGAGAGUGCCCUCAAGGAUGACUUGGAUCCCAACGCAAUUGGUCUGUACCAAUGGAGUGCGCUGCAUGAAGCAUGCAGUAAUGGCGAUUUAGAGAUUGUCAGACUUUUACUUCAGUUCAAAGGUGACCCUAAUGCUAAAGAUGACCUGCAUGGUUGUACAGCAGUCCACUAUGCUGGAAGAGAGGGGCAUGUAGAUUGUUUAGAGGCGCUUCUUGAGAACGGAGGUCGUCACAAUGUGGCUAACAACGAUGGAGAAACUGGACUCGAUGUUGCUGUCGGUAAAUGCAAGGAGAUACUGGACAAGAAACGAACGGAAGAACUUAUCACAACAUCAGUCAAAAGGAAACCGAGACACUACGAUAACGAGGUUAAAGUCUUUCGAGAUGACAACCCUGAGAAGGCAGGGAAAGAUAAUAUCUUGAGUGAAAGAGAAGGAGCUACAUCUCCUACCCCCUCCUUUAAGAGUGACACGCCCACAGCUUGGGAUGCAAUACAGGUUCAAGAGACGAAUGCCGAACCGAUCAAAGAUGCAGGCACUGGACAUCUUCAACUGUCCUUUGAGUAUAACUCACGUACGUCAAUCAUGAAGAUUCGGGUGUGGCAGCUUGAGGAUCUUCUCUUACCACCAGCUGAAGUGGCAAAUGUUACUCGCCUCAGCAUCAAAAGUCGUCUUCUUCCAGACAAGAAGGGUGAUUCCAAACGAAAGACAGAGGACGCACGCUUAGAAGAUCCAGCUAAGAUGAAAACCAGCUUAGUAAGCGUCAAACGUAAAUCAGCGAAGGAAAGUUUCAAAGCCAUCUACCUCCCCUGUACAUUCCUAUUUACUAAACCACUGGAGUACAAAAACAUCACUAAGGAGAUCGUUGAGAGUAAAACCGUUCAUAUUGACGUUAACGUUAAGCACAAGUAUACAAAUAAAAGUUUCACAGUGGCCAACUUGCAACUCCCUCUGAAGGAAGCUGUCCGCAAGCUUCGAAAGAGAAAGUACAGACUUCAUCCAUGCAUUAAUUACUCGAUGCCGGAUAAUGUUCAUUCUUACGACCCAAGUGAUCUUGUUAUCGUCUCGGAGGGGAUGUACACUAAUAAGACAGUGAGUAAUCCAAACCUUCGCUCGUCUUCCGAACAGAGUUUGAAAGUUGCGGGAGAGCAGCGGGCCACUAGUGACAUCAACUUACAGACUGUGCGCUGUCACUCAACUGAGAGCAUCCCGUCAGUUUCUUUAAGCAUACCUGACGAUGAACAGAUGGACCAUGAUGCAUUGCAAGCCAUCACCGUUAUGAAUGACUCUCCGAGAUCUACGCAUCUCAGUCACAGCAAUCCAGACAUCCAUGUUGUAGAAAUUCAUGAAAUGAACACUCUUCUUCCAGGGACCAUUGACUCUGGUCUCUCGGAGGUCAAAGUUGAGUCCCCGUCACUCUCCAGGUUCAGCAGGAGCACUCCAAAUAUUCCCGUCUUACAAAUUGAAGAUUUGGAAGGUGAAACUCCCGUGAAGAAACUGACCCGACCGACGUCUCCACCGAAUAGACUAGCUGUUCCUCCUGCAUCCUACCACAGACCACGGAAGCAAAGUUCAUCCUCUCGACCAAAGCAAGAACCAUCGGACGCAGUUAAUCUUAGAAGAAGCACAAAGAGUCAUGACAGGACUACUGAACCUCCGAAACCAGGUCGAGCUAUUCCCAUCUCUGCUGUCCACAAAUAUCUCGGUAGCAGCGAUAGUUAUGAUGUUGCCAAGGAAAUGAUAAGUCACAGUAAUCCUGCUGGAGUUUUCCACAUAAGCGAAAAGGAGGCUCUCGGCAGGAAGGAGACAAUAAUGUCAAAGGUCAAGGAUAAGAAGAAAGAGCAUAAAGGAGGACACCAAAAACUUCUAAGAACAUUUAGUGAAAAGGAAGGCAUCUUCUCGCCUGUAUUCCAAGAUGAUGAAGACCACUCAAGUAAUGCAAAGUACAGUGAGAUAAGUGAGCUGUCAACAGCGACAACUAAACUCUCUGCCUCAAAAUUCAACAAAGCACUCAGUCAGAAGUCCGAGGCUUCUGAUGGUAAGACCUCAAAAACCUCAAAGAGAAGAGAUAAACACUCUAGGGCUGCGCUUCCAAUGUCUCAGUUGACUUUAUCUCCAAAUAAUCUACCGGAAGUGCAGACUGUUUCUGAGACACAGUUUGGAAACUGGAAACCCGGGAAACAUUCAACACCGAAAAAAUCCUCACCAAGAGAUAAGCCGUCACCAGAAAGAGUUGAUGCUUCAUCUAUAAGCGUAGCACCGAACACACGGGGUAGGGUACCAGACCAAGACUUCCCUCAACCUCUUACCCAUGGCUUGAUGCACACUGAUCUUAAUAGAACCACCUCACCGACAUCCUUGUCCCUGAAGAGACCAACCUCACCGAUGUCACUGACCCCUGACCGCCUUGGAUCUCCUCGAGAUCUCAACACCUCAUCGCGCUCUUCCAGCCCAGGCUCCGAGGCCAUGGUUCAUUUUUUAUCAGAGACUGAAAACCAUGAUCGACGACCGAGGCAAACCACCCCAGGAAGACGGAUAAAGUCCCCGACACGUGAAACGCAACCGCGACCUCACCGAAACCACGACCCGAUGGAGUUUGAGAUGAGUCCACUUCGUCUUGACCCAACAUUCAAAACGGAAAUGGCAACGCCGGAGUUCAAACUGAAAAUGUUCCAGCGUACUAGCAAAGAUCCCCAUCCUGCCAUACCGCAUGUUAUACAAUCCGCCCGGAAAAAACAGCUGUUGAAUUCCCAGCAGGAGGUAUCAGAUCCAUUUUUUAUUCCCGAGUCCCCCUCUGGAUCCCCAAUGGUGAAUGAGUCUCAUUCCAAUCGACACAAAGUGCAGGCGGGGAAAAUUGAUUUGCCCAGUGAUGGGAAAACAGAAAUGAAACGGGGAGAAUUGAGAGCCGUUGAAAAUCAGUCGGUUGUCCGAGUCAAGCAAAGUUGGCUUUGAUAAAACCUUUAGCCAUAACACUUACGCAAAUUCAAGAAAUGAAAUCGGACUCAAUGAUCAAAUAUCCUAUUUAUUUAAUAUCCAUAAAAAUGCCAAAGAAAUGUUCAAAUUCUCGCGGGGAAAAAUGAUCAAGAAAGAUGAUUUAACUCAGGUAUCAAAUGAGUUAUGUGCAGUAAUUACCUACAUGUAUUUCAGAACAGUUAUUUUUAUAGUUCAUAUAUCUGAAAUAAUAUGUGCACAAUGUCGAUUUAUUGUUAAAGAAAAGUGCAGUAGUGAACCCUAAUUAUUAAGAGCAGGCUAAAUCAGGUCUUGCUUAUAAAGAGUACAUUCUAAAGUCAUAAAUUUAAUUUCUUCUUUGUGCGUCUUUGUUUUGCUGUCCUACUAUAACAUUCGUGUUGAUAUAAAGAGGUGAUUUGGCCAGUCCCAUUGAUCUUGUUAUACAAACGGAGUCAACUCUACAACUUUAAAUUCAUUCCUGUCACAUAGUUUGUUGGUAAACACAGCACCUAGCCUAUAUCACUCUCUAUAGAAUACUAUGAAAAACUUGUUUACUUGUUUGCACCAUUUAGCUUAUUUUAAUUGCUACAAUCGAAGCACAUGUAGGAGAAGUCAAUGUUGUUAGCCGUUUUCAAUGUCCAAGACUUUGAUACUCAAACCUGUAGGCUACAUUUGUUUCUGGAAGACAAAAAGUAAAUUGAGAUUCAAACUUGUUUUCUUUUUUUUAUAUAGUUUAUUGUCCGGUAACUUGUGAACACACUAAAUGGUAACUUCACUUUAUAUUUGCAGAUUUUCUGACUAUACAUUUGAUUACAUACCAUAGUUAUCGUAGCAUACGAUGGACCCGUAGGUCGAGCCAUUUAAAGACACUGGACACUUAUGGUAAUUAUUGUCUCUCACUUCGUGUAU